AUGGAUAAGUUCGUCAUUAAGUGCAAGAGAGACAGCGAAAGAAACACCGCCAGUGCUCUUCGCCCUAUUCAGCUAAGCGAACGCAAUCGAUGUGGAAGCGACGUGGAAUCAAUCUUAACCUCAAAGAGUGACGAAGAUCCAAAUGUUAAUUGUAGAAGAGUUGAUGAACAUCAAGAAAAUUGUGCAAAUGUGACUCGAAAUCUAUCAGUGUCAUUCCCACGUUGGCAGAAGGCAAAUCCUUGGCUUGAAUUGAACGCAAAUAAGAAAGCAAUUUGCACUAUUUGUACUAAAGCGUUGGAGAAAAAAUUAAUUUUGUCUUACGAUUUACGCGCUUUGAAGUCAAAGGAAGCCUGGGUUGACACAGGAUUUAACAACUGGAAUAACGCUACGUCCAGAAUCAAGAAACAUUCAACAAGUUCAUUACACGUAGAUAGUACUGAAGCUCUAGCAAAACUGAAGACAGUGAACAUUAUUCAACAUUUAUCAAGUGCAACAGAAAAGUAAAUGAUGAAUCACCGGACAGCACUGCGAAAAAUUUUCAGUACUUUAAAAGUAUUAGCAAAACAAGGGCUGCCCUUGCGUGGCAUCAAUAACGACGAAAAUUCAAACUUUAUACAAAUAUUAAAAGCACGCGCAGAAGAUGUAUCGGAACUGGAAUCGUGGCUGAAACGGAAUGGCCACAAAUGGUUACAUCAUGAUGUACAAAACGAAAUAUUAGAACUCAUAGCUGCAAAAGUUAUGGCAGAAAAUCUUGUGGAAAUAAGACAAGCAGAAUUCUGUGCGUUACUUUUGGACGAAACUUCUGACUUGUCGAAGAUGGAACAGAUAUCGAUAUGUUUAAGAGUUGUUUCACAAAAUUUAGUGUCGUCAGAAUUUUUCCUCGGAUUUUGCUCAACGUCUUCCACGAAGGCCGAAACUCUAUUCCAAAUCGUCCAAGAUGUUCUUCUUCGUUUCAAUUUGCCGCUUACAAAACUUAGAGGCCAAUGUUACGACGGAGCAGCGAAUGUUUCAAGGAAAAUAACUGGUUUGCAACGUCGACUCAGGGAAAUUGAACCUCGUGCUUUAUAUGUACAUUGCAACGCCCAUAACCUGAAUCUUGUGGUCCAGGAUGCCAUGGAAGGAGUUCCAGCUACAAGAAAAUUCAUAGGAGUAGUAAAAGAUAUGAUUAAUUUUGUAAAAGAUUCACCGAAACGUAUCUCACAAUUUCAACAACUCCAGUCAGAAUCAGAAAGUUCCACGAAUAAAAAUUUUACCCUCGCUGCCUACUGCCCAACCAGGUGGGUCAUGCAAAUAAGUUCCCUGAAAACAGUCCGAGCCAACUACGAACCACUGAUGAAAUUUUUCGUGGAGCGGAUUACAGAUUGUGAAGUCGACAGCAUCAUCUCGGCCAAAGCAUCAGAAUAUUUUGAACAUAUGAGAACCUUUGAGUUUUUCUUUUUUUUAACAAUGAUAAUUGAAUUACUUGAUCGGAUAGAAAUUUUGAAUAAAGACCUUCAGAACUCGGAACUAAGCGUGAAUGACUCGUAUCGAAAAAUCGAGGGAGUAAUUUAUUGUAUGAAUGUAUUUCGCGAUUCCAAAUUCGAGAUAAUUUGGCAGAAAAGCAAUAAGGGAGUAAAAGAAUUAGAUAUUGAUGAACCACAGCUACCGCGUCAACGAAAAAUUCCAAAGCGAUUAGAUUCGAGCAAUAGCGAAAAUCUUGUUUUCAAAACUCCGAAAGAAAUGUACCGCAAAAUAUAUUUUGAAAUUUAUGACCGAGUUUUGACGUCUUUAAACAGUCGUUUUGAUACGGAAGCAGCUCGAUUUCUAAAAUCUUUAAAAGCCUUUGGCGAAUCUACAAAUGUUGCACAAAUUAUCAAUUUUUAUGGAGACGACUUUGAAGAAGAUCGACUUGUUAGCGAUAGGGAUAUGUUUUUGAAUCUGACGAGCAGAAGUAAUGUUAAAAUAUCAAAUUUGAGAGAAAUUGUUAAUUUUUUACGUAAAAACGAAUGGAGUAUGGGGCUCAUUCCCGACUAUGUCAAAUUUAUAAAAUUGUUAAUGACAAUCCCGGGUUUGUCAUGCACCAAUGAAAGAAGUUUUUCUACUCUUCGGCGAUUCAAAAAUUAUCUCAGAACAACAAUGUUGCAAGAUCGACUUAAUCAUGUAGCAAUAUUACAUAUAUACAGCGACAUAACUGUGAAUAAACUGUGUAUAACUGUAUUUUUAAACUGCUAUUGA